AUGCCGCGGCCCUCGUCCGCCCCCUUCGUCCUCGUCGGCCGCGCGCGCCCGCGGCUGAGCCUCGCGCCCGUGUGUCCGGGUCGUCGGCUGCAUGCGUCGCGCCCGCGGUGGCAGCAGCAGCAGCGUCAUCGUCAUGGCGGCGCGGCGGCGGAUGAUCACUAUGCGAGGCUGGGGGUGAGGCGCGAUGCUUCGCCCGCCGAGAUUAAAAAGUCCUUUUACGCCCUCUCCAAAACCCACCACCCAGACGUCAACCCCUCGGACCCGCACGCCGCGCGCUCCUUCUCCCUGCUCUCCGAGUCCUACACCGUCCUCUCCGACCCCUCGCGCCGCGCCGCCUACGACCGCGACGUCCUCGCCCUCCACCACCACCAGUCUUCUCAGCGCCACCCGCGCGCCUCUUACUCGAGCACCGCCGCCAACCCCGCCGGCGGCCGCGCCCCCUCGGGCCUCAGCCGUCGCCGCGGCUCCUUCCGCGGGCCCGCGCCCAGCUUCUACCGCAACGGCGGCUGGGGCGCCCACGCCGAUGCCCGCCGCCGCGCCCACGAGGAGUCGACGGGCACCUCCUCCGAGCAUCAUCACCGUUGUGCCGACGACUCGUUCCCCCGCCACGCCGGCAUGGGCCCCGGCUCCUCGCCCUUCGGCCACGACGAUGCCGCGCCUCCCCACUUUGACCGCAACGCCCACGCCCGCACCCACGAGACCCAGGACCGCCGCCGCUGGCAGCGCUCCCGCCGCGCCGUCGGCGACGACGACGUCGAGUUUGAGCCCCAGACCAGCCUCGCCGGCCACUUCCUCAUCGUCGCCGGCAUCCUGGGCGCCACCUUUCUCGCCCCCGUCGUGUACCUGCAGUUUAUGCGCCUGGGCCACCGAAAGAGGGAGCUGGAGUAG